AUGAAGUACCCUCUGGUCCCUUUAAUUAAUGACCUAACAUUUCCUGUCCUUUUCUUUUGGUUUUGUUUGCCUUUUGCCAUAUUAUUGAUCCUUUUCAUUUUCUGGCUUCAACAUCUACUUAAUGAUGCCCAAGUUUCCAUCACUAAAGAGAUAAAGAUGCCACCCUCUGAUAAUUCUGAUGGGAAUGCUGACCUCGGAUCAGAAAAUGAGUUUAGAGAAAAUAACAGCCAGGGCGAGAUACACAGAAGAGCCUCAACAAGUGACAUUAGGACAACUCUACCUGUGAAAAAACUGAGACCCAAGCCUGCCUAUCUGAGUUCAAAAGAGGCUGUCCAGAUAAAAGGCCUUUCUGCCUUUAUUUCAGACAGAUUGGACCAGAAUGUAAAACAGUAUUGCUUGGACAAAAAUUCAUUGUAUAACACAGUAAUGCUGAUCUGCACUCUGCUGGUCUCUCUCCUCUUCAACCUUCUCUGCCAGUUGCUCGAGGUCUCAAAUGUUCUACGAAUCCAGCUGCUGCCUUCAUCUCUGGCUGUCCGUGUGAAUCAGCUCUUUGCCUGGGUGACCCAAAAGCCUGCAAAAAUCAUGAUUUCCUUGAAACAAGAAAUUUCUGCUCGAUCAGCUUCUCUCUUGGGGAAGAGAGAGAAAAGAACUUUUGGGGCUAAAGCGUAA